AUGAGUCCCAAUAACAAAAUAGGUGCCAAAUCCCUUAACAAUUUGCACCUAAGAGUUUCAGAAAAAGGGAUUUUGGAGGAAAUUAUCAAUGAGAAUGUCGAGGAAGUAAAUUCAGAAGAAGAAAAAGAAAAAGGACAGAAUGAGAGAGAAGAAAAAGAAGAUGAAAAAGAAGAAGGAAAAAGAGGAUCAGAAGAUGCUGGAAGUGAGGGGGAAACUUCUAAAGAAGAGGAAGGUGAGGAACCACAUGAUGAUACUUUUAGUGAUGAGGAAGUCAGGAUGCCAACUAAGAAGGAGCCCACAACUCCUCCUUCACCAAAACCUGAUGCACCACCUUCACCGCACAAUCCAUCACCACCACCUUCACCUAUUCCAUGUACACCACCACCAACAAAUACACCUAACUCACGAGAUCUUGGUUUUACUGAAUUUGCAAAUCUCUCAAUUUCUGCCGAUCCCCUCCUUAAUAAAUUGCAGCUUACACAAAUGGAGACUCGUCUCAGUGCAAAGCUUGACACAGUGGAGGUACAAACUGAAUAUGUAAACGAAGAUGACCUUACUUCUAACAACAUUGUACAUGUCAAAGGAUCCAAUAAAGUUAGAAAUGGUAUAUCGCUUAGGAUGUCAAAUGUAGACAGGAGAUCUACAGUUCCCAAGUUUGAUGAUCUGACGUUACUGAAAAAUGGAGACAGUACAUUGUUCCCAGACUGGUAUCUGGAGAAGUUACGUUAG